AUGGAUGUGGGGUGAUCUAGACGACGCUAGCAGUGGUGGUCUCCCCGACUGGGGGAUUGGCAGCGCGUGCAGCCGCAAGCCUCCUACCGCAGAUUGGCGAACGGGAGACGGAACCACGAAAGUGGACAUUCGGCCAUAUUUGCGCGGAACCUUGUGUUGAACCAGGUUAGCGCAUCCGGUGAAUCUGUCCAGCCAUCUGGACUGGCUGUCUACCUCCAUUUCAUUAGUUUCCGGAUGCCGUGGCUGUAAAGUCUCAUCCACAGAGUUGUAGUAUUAUUCACACUCCAACAUGGUCCUGGGACUCAUAUCGCUGGCGGCCACAGUGCCGAUGGUAGCAACAUCAGUCCUAAACCUUCAAAGUCAAGCCGAAAAUACAAAAAGCAACGGCGCGGAUGCCGAGUGGAAAUCCGACAGAUGCCAUAUGAAGUGUCGGCCCUCGGAAAGGACGCCAGAGGACCGCAAAGAGCUGUUCAGGGAUAGUCAAGUUGUGUUACGCGAUGGGAGCUUGUUUGUGCAGCUGUCAACCUACGAAGGAGAGCGCCUACAUCCGUUCACAGGAUAUUACCUGCCCUAUCCAGACUCUAACUUUGAGGGUCUGGUCUCCACAAUCUCAGACGAGCCACCUCAGCUGAACUGGAUAUACCUGGAUACCGCCUCAAAAUGCUUUCAAAUCAGCCAUGGUUUGCGUGUAGAAGCAGAGGAGGGGCUGACCGGCCCAUGGGGUGCACGUGUGUGUCCUGAUGGUGAGAUCCGUUUCCUCAUGGAGAACUGGGAGGGAUUCAUCGCCGUUGAAACCGAGGAUCCGGGGUUGUGGAGACUGUGUUUUGACCGUUACGACGAUGGGCUGGGGGGAAAACUGGGCCAGGAUCAAAGGACAGUGGAGCUGGAACUAAUUCGUGAGACGCUUAAAAGUUGAGGCACGGGCACCGAGGAAGUCUUGCUCGUUAUCAGCAUCAUCGCCAUUAGGGGUCGCGCAGAGGGCUCCGAAGUGAGUUGUCGCGUCGUGCAAAAGCAGGACCAGGACAAGAUUGUACAGCCUCAAGAACGUGAGCACAACAUCAAGCAGUUGAAGAGUAACACAACGCAGCUCUUCUCCAGAGUGACAAAAACAUAGAAUGUGGUCAAUAGAUGUGCGAUUUCUACGGCUUCUGU